AUGGCAGACACGACAUUCACAGGCACGCGCUCCGGGCUGUGUGCUAGCGAUUUCCAAAAGCAGCUCACUAAAAUCUUUUUCCGUUCACUCGCCUCGGACGCGGACAAGAUCGAAUACGCCGUUGCAUGCUUUCCGUCUAAUUCGCCCGCGGACAAGUGGUUCAAAGAGAUGAAGACCCUUUCCGAGCAAACAUCGACAGACCCGACGGUCACGAGCGCGAUAGCUCUCGCCGGACAAGUCACCACAACCUGGUCCAUAUUCCUCACGGCGCUCAGGACAAGGUUUCCGGACCCCACGCCGGCUCAACGUCAACGCGCGGAGAUUGAACGGUCAAUCAAGAACGCUGUCUUGGAUGUGUCGACCCUUGGGAAACUCGUGGACAUCGAUGGGCGGAAGGACUACACGCAUAUCGUCUUCGCCGACAAGCUCGAGGCCGACGUCACUGAAGGCCAGCUUCUCUCGAGCGACUGGUUCAUGACGACCGUACGGGAGAAGCUGCCAAUGGCCAUACAGGUCUUGCUCGCACCAUCUUACCCAGAUUGGGAGGCCUUUCUCAAGGGCAUCCGUAGUGUGGACGUCAGCCUUCUUGAGCAGGGAGCUGCACAGGAAAUGGAGACCGAUACCAUGCGCCAGCGCCUCGCCUCACUCGAGCGACUCAUGCAGAACAUGAAGAUAUCGCCGGCCACAACACGGCCAGUGCCAGGGGGUCCGCCACGACCUGCAAGCGCCUCGCGAGCGGCCGCGAUCCCGGCCGUUCAAGCUCAAUCGGGCGUGACCGUUGCAAGCCCGCCAAAUACCGAACGCGUCGAGACGGAAGUUCAGCUUCGGGCCGUCAUGGCACGGUACCCGCAACGCCCCGACACCGCAGAGGGUCGUGCGAAGUACCUCGACGAUGUUAGAGCCUGGCACGCCACAUAUGGCCGCGAUGCCAGGGUCACAGGAUCGACUGGAUUCCCAAUUCGCCCGGGCACCGAACCAGCGGGUACAGGUGAAUGCUGGCAGUGCGGAAAGAAGGGGCAUAGAGCAGUCUGUUCCGCUCCAGAGGCCGAGAGAGUACCGCAGAAGGAGCAGGUGUGGCGCCGUGUCGUGUACUGCAUACGACGCGACAUCCGAGCCGCACAAGGCCCCGUGGGUGUUAACGUCGUAGGUGCAGAGGACGACUACAUGGCCGAGUACGAGUAUGGGGUUAGCGGCCAGGCGUCGGGUGUAUGGGAAGACGAAGAGGGAAAAGACUAA